AUGGCGUCGACGAUGGACGACGGGGAGGCGCGUCGAGGGGGAGAGGCGACGACGAGCGCGUCGAGUGGGCUUCCGGUGCGCGUGUUGGUCGAGGCGGCGAUGCUCGCGGCGAUGACGGGUCUGUCGUUUCACAUAUCGUCCCUGUUUCGCUUCGACGCGUACUUUGGGGCGUUGUUUCCAUUACCAGUCGUCAUCGCGUGCGCGCGGUGGGGGAGCGCGGCGGCGAGAAGGACGCUCGUCGUGGCGACGCUGUUGUUGCUGUUGAUUAGCGGGCCGCUGCGGGCGCUGAAUUAUUUCUUCCUGCACGCUCGGGGGCGAGUUGGUGGGUCACCGUGCCCCGCGAGUGCGCUCACACGGACGUUUGGGAUCGUGUGCUCGCUGUCAGUUUCGUCGCUGCUGUAUCGAGAAAACGUGAUGAAGCUCUUAGUGACGCAGAUGUACGCCCUGCUGGAUCAGUUCGCCGCCAAUGUUGGAGCAACGUUCGCACCGGACAUCACCUGGGUCUGGGCCACAGCCAUGGUUCUCAUACUCGUCAACUCACUCAGCUACACGUUGAUUUUGCACAUGGUGUACACCAUCGUGCUCAACGCGGUGACGCGACGGAACUUUGCAAACGCCCCGGCCAAGGUGUGCCGCGCCCUCGGCGUCCCGUUCUGA